UUUCAUUCUCAUCAUGCGUCAGCAGUCAGUGACGCCACACCUCCGAAGGAAGAGAAGGGAAGUGAGGUUUCUCUCUGUCUGCAGUGCGUCUAGAACAUGGAAUCCAGUAGCGUUUGUGCUGUCACUCUCACAUAUGGGAUGGUUGAUAAAGAGUCAUGGACAGCGUUGUUUGUGGUGUGCGUACAAAAGAAGUCAGAAGCAUAAGCUACAGGUGGUGGCACAGGACGAAAAUGACGAGCCGACUCUUCUGGACAUGGCCCUGGCAGUAGAGAAAAUAACUGAUGUACCAAUUACCUCACAGAAACUAAUAUACAAAGGGGGAAUAACCCAGCGGUGGUUCUGCCAUGGAAGAGUAAAGGAAAACAUAUUAACAGGGAAAUCACUUAAGGAAAUGGAAAAGACUCUGUCAGCCCUAGAUAUCAAAAAUGGUUGUAAAGUAAUGCUAAUUGGAAAGAAGAACUGUCCAGAAGAAGAGUCUGUAUUAAAGAAACUGAACAAUUUGGAAAAAUCUGUGGAACAAACCGCAAGUAAACUUGAAGAUGUUACUAAGGAGCUGUUAGGAAUCCAGAAGGGAUUUCUCAGUAAAAACCUUCAAGAACAAGCGCUUGGUAGACUUGACAAAAGAAUAAAGGCAACAGUAGAACAGUUUAUGAAGAUUCUGGAACAGAUUGAUUCAGUGACCAUGCCAGUAAAUUUCAGUGAUUGUAGAUUGAAAAAGAAAGAGUUAGUGAAAAAUGUUCAGGGUCUCCUUGCUCAAUGUGAUACGGUCGAAGGAAACAUUAGCCAAGAAAUUGUUAAGCUUCAGUCUCAAAAUGUGGCUCUGUCAAAGUAAGGGUCAUGAUAUGACAUGUUGAUAGAGUAAAACAAUCGACUCCAACAAAGACUUGCUACUCUAUUCUUUAUGGAAGUAGAAGAAUAAUAAUCUUGGAAUAUGUAUUGUAUCUUACUGUAUACAAAGCACUGAAAGAAAAUAAAGGAAACACCUAAUUUUCUCUGGAAA